ACUGCCGAAGACGAUCUCUCAGAUAUGACGAUGCGAGAUGAAGAUGAACAAGGGGAGAGAGUGUGUAUAUAAGACUAUCGAUGUUAUCUUCUUUUCGACAUUAGCUCACUCACUCAUCACUCACACUCUCAACCUCAACCCAAUCAACUCUCAACCACUCUAAACCACCACCACCACCACCAACAACAACAACAACCGCCAACAUGCAGAUCAAGGCUCUUCUCAUCACUCCCCUCGUCGCCGCUGGCGUCGUCUCUGCUGCCCCCAAGGCCAGCAGCACUCCCAAGUCUACCUUCUUCCAAGGUCUCGCCCUCCGCUCCGCCAGCCCCAUCCACUUCAACUACAUCCAGGCCAACAAGGAGUCCUUCGAGCUGAAGCUCAAGAAGCAGGAGGCCAGCUGUGACGACGGCAAGCACCACAACGAUGUCACCUUCCACCUCUACAACGACGAGCUCUGGCUCUACUCCGUCGGCAACCCUGGCCAGCAGGCCUACGUCGACCUUUCCGGCAUGGGCCAGGGCAAGUUCGGCUACACCACUGGCGCUCAGCCCAUGCCCCGUAACGGCCAGCGCAAGGGUUGGAAGAUCGACAAGGACGGCAUGCUCACCUUCGACGGUUCCAGCUUCGUUGCCUGCCCCAACGGAGACAACCUCGAGAAGACCUCUUGGUCUGUCUGGGUCUACAACAGCAUCGACAACCCCGGCGGUAACAAGAACUGCCUUCCCUUCUCUGUCAAGGCCGCCAAGGUUAAGAAGCCUGUUGGCUGCUUGUACUCUCAGGUCCAGCCCGACGAGUAAAUUCUGGCUUAUGAUGGAAUGUUUCUAGCACAUAUUUUUGCAUAACCUCUUGGUUGAGGUCAUUGGGUUUAGAGGAUGACAAGUUAUUCAUUAUAAUAGCGUUUUGGUUGGGUCAUAGAACCUGGAUAGAGUACAUACUCAAUACUUAUUUGCUUCUUUCAA